AUGGAUGCAGAAUUAGAUACCUUGACCACUUCUGUUACAAAAACAUUGGACAACCUGAAGGAAAAGCGUGAUUUUCUCACAGAUCAGAGGACACAUUACAUUGGUAUAAGAGCAAAUCUCUAUGAAUUUCGUGAAAGGUCGGAAAGAGCCGAUGAAAAUAAUGAGAGCCAGCAGAAAAAUGGGAGAGUAUUUGGUGAUGUAAUAAUUGCCUAUGAUAAAGUGUAUCUAAGCAUAGGGUAUGAGUAUUUUGUUGAAAAGCCGUGUGAUGAAGUGAUAGCCUUUGUAGAUUUCAAGUUAAGAUUGAUGGAAGAGGCUAUUGAAAAAUUUGAAGACAAAAUAAAAGAGGCUCGAACGACUUUAAACAAUUUAAAGACUUUGAAAUCUCGUGACGAAAAUGCUGCUACAGCACCUUUGCGGGAUGAGUAUGACAACGACACACUGCCCAUGGAAAUCAGAGAGGAAUUGGAUGACGAAGGUAAUGUGAUAAGUAGCACGGUUUCCCCUGCCACAUACGGAAAAGCUGGUGAAGAUCUGGAAUCUAAGUUACUGGGAUCAGAAGACGCAAAGCUUGAGAAAGAGUUGCCAAGUAAGGAGAUUGAAUAUGGAGAUUCAUUUGCCAAUAACGUCAGGGGCAAGCUUUUGCAGGAAAAAAACAAGAGCUUCGAAAAGAACCUAGAUAAUGAUGUAUUAGAGAACGUUGAAGAAUUAACGGUUAAUGACGUAAAUUCUUAUCGACCCGUUGUGGAUACCGGCAUUCCUAAUGUAGAUACCGAUAAUAUCUACACCUUUGCCGAUCUAGUCGAACAGAUGGAUGAACAAGAUCAAUUAGAUGAUGGUACAAUUACUUCUGAUGACAUUGAAUAUGAUUAUGAAGCUUUCCAAGGCGGACGUUACACUUAUGAUGAGAAUCAUUCGGAAGAUAGCGAAUAUGAAGAAGAUGGUGAUCAUGAGAGCAAUUUUUCACAGGCAUCUCUCGUCCCUGGUGUCGCUGCUCAAAGUUCAUUCCUGGAGCAGAUCAAUAAGCUUCGUGCAUCUAAAUCUAUUAUUAAAUCAGAAGUGUCAAUGACUGACCAUGCGACUAAGCCAAUAGUAAGUUCAAAUACAAAGCAAGCCCCAAAAGAUGCAGGUAAAUCAAUUUUAAAGAAAGGUACUGGAUCAGGAUUAGACAAAAAGAAAAAGAAGAAGAGUGUUGGUUUUGCACCAGCUUUAGAUAUACAUGAAGUUGAAAGUUUCAAAGAAGAGACCAAAAAACAAACCCAUAGAUUCCCAAUAUUUAAUAUGGGUCCAUAUGAAACAUUUGCCGAUGAUAUGGUAGAUGAUACAAAUAACCCACACCUAAAUGAGUUUGAUAGUGACCUCUUUGCAAGUCUGCUUGGUGUUCAAGAUGCGGAUCAGAUUCAUGAUAAAUAUAAAAAACAAGUCACUAAUGAGGCUCAUUUAGAGGAAGAAAAGGCAGAUUAUAAAAACAAAGUGAAAACUAGGCGUGUUUCUAGAUUCAAAAAAGAUAGGAGCUCAUCACAUCAGCGGGAACGUCAUCCUACCGAAACAAAAGACGAUGUGUCGGACAUUAGGGAGGCUGUAAUGGUUGAUAGCUUUGUAGAAAACGAUGUGGAGCCUUUAUACCAUACAGUUGAAGGUAACGACGACGUAACCAACUCUGCUGUUACAGGUCAUGUACGAGAACAUUAUGAAGAAUCGAAGCCUAUCAAGAAACACAGUAGAUUUGCAAGAAUGGCUAAUACGACUAUGACAGACCCCAUUAUCGAAAAAGAUGUGGGUGAAGGUGAGGUAAAUAAUUCUUCAAACUCAACGACAAGGAUGAAUCCUGUAAUGUCAGAUUUUAUUGUGGAGCACGAUACUAAUGUAGCUGAUGCUAUCAAUGAACCGUCUCGUGUCAGGAAAGUGAGUAAGUUUCUUAAGACAAAAGAAGGCCUUGAUAAGUCUUCAUCUGACAGGGACCUUUCAAGGAUUGCCGAGGAGAUCUAUGACGCUACCAAAGAGAAGGAUAUAGCUGGUACAGCUAAGACUUCAAAGAUUAUUUCUUCAGUUAAUCCGAUCAUCUCAGAUAUAUUUGAAAGCUCAGAUGAUUUCAAUCCAUCUGUGGAGUGCUCAGGGGAGUUAUCAAUAAAAGACGUUAAAUGCGCGGCUAAAAACACAACAGAAAAAGGUCUCAGAUCAAGUAUUGAAACAUCGAAACCUUUUAAAAAGAAAAUGAGUUCACUUAUGAGACCGAGAGUUCAAAAACCCCAACAAAGAAAUAAAAACUUGGAACUUUUAGAUGAAAUGAGUUCCGAUCCUGAAGAUGAUUUGGAAACACGCAUUGUAGAGGCAGACGAUUUUGAACAAGAUGAAAUUGGCGGUGGAAAAACUUUGCAAGAAAAAGAUAACGUUUCAAAGAAAGACCAAGAUGACAAUUCGGGUUAUUAUGAAGAUUUCCCUACGGAAAUCAAGGAUGUCAUAGGAAAGCUGGGUAAAAAUGAGGACUCUGUUCAUGUUGCAAAUGUGGAUUAUAGUGCAUUAGGUGAGAAUUUAGACGAUAUGGCAAAAGCGUAUCUUCUUGGUAUGUAUGACGAUGAUUUAGAGGAACAUCCUGGUACUGUCUUAGAAAAAGUUGAAGAUUUCAAAGAAUAUAACAAAGAGGUCGAUGAGUUACAGGAUGAUAUUAUUCAGUUUAGAGAAAGUAACCCUUUCAUACCAUUUUCAAACCAUGAUAAAGAUGACGAGGAGGACGAUAAUGAUGGUCCUAUGAUGGUUGAUGUUGUUGAGAAUGAAGAUUUAUCAGACAUAGGAGAAGACAAAGAGUACGAAGAUCUAGCUUUGCAUCCACAUGUUUUGAAUGAGUCAAUCAAUAUUGAAUAUCGCCGCUUGAAGGAGCAGAUGAUUGCCAAGAUGAAAGAACUUUCAUUUGACGAUGAGCCACAUAAGGAAGGCAUUGAUAGUAGCAAAGAACUAGAGCCUAUAGAUGAAUUUGGAAAUCCAAUUAAAAGGAGUAGGUUCAAGGCACAAAGGCUGAACUUGAAUAUAGAGUAA